CGACGCCAUCUAACGACUGGCAUUCCUGUUUUUUACGUGCGGGUAAAACCACGGCUUUCUGGAGCGCGGAACCUCUUUCCACAAUUUUGUUUGCAACAUCCAGUGUUUUAAGUGCAUUUAUUUGUGAUCAUUGCGAUGCCGUGUUUAUGGUGAAUAAGAUGAUAUACGCGAGAGAGCGUGAACGCGCUACAGAAAUGUGUGGGAAGAUGAGUUAACCGUGUGUUAAAGCGCGCAGCGGUCAACCUUCCGACAAGUUUAGUACGGGAAUCUAUCCAUAUUCAGGACUUGAUUGCACCGAGCUUUAGUAGAAGGUUCAAAUAGCAAAGAAUGAGUGCAUCAGCUGUUAAAUCAUCGAUAUCUGGAGUAGGGACAUCCCCAACUUCGACUACUCAUUCCAUGCUUCCAAUGAAUGCUAUGGCUCAAAAAGUAGUUCCUGGUGUGGAAUCAGGAUCUAUGAAACCUUUAACCGGAACAGGAUUAAGCUAUGUUACGUUGCAACCACCCAGUCAACCUCUUAGUUUGGUACAAGAUCACAGACCAUCCGUUUAUCAAACACCACCUUACAUAAGUAACAAUUCUGAAAAAGAGUCAGAAUCGGAUAAGCUUAUACCAAACGGGAUAGAAACUAUUAAAGUGGAAACUGAACAAAGCGUACCUGCUUCUGUUAAGCCCAGCGAACCAAACAGGAAUAAUAACAUGAGUCCGGAAAAUUCGACCGAAGAUGAACAACGAGAAACUCCGACAGAACCAGAAACAAUUUCUCCUGCCUUAGAAUGUUCAGCAAUGUGUCCCCAGGGACAAAACAAAGUUGAUGAAAAGAAAACUAGUGUAAAUAAUGGCUCUAAAGAAGCUGAAGGUGUACCAGUUAAUGCUUCUCUACAAACAAAGUUAUUGACGCAUAAAACUGAAGAUGCACCAGUUAAAACAGAAGUUCAAAAAAGUAAAUUAUCGUCGAAUCAGAGUGCGAAAUCGAGCGGAGAUAGUCCAGCUGUAAAUCCACCGUCAAAUAAUUCUACUAAAGCCGAAACAAAAGUAACGGUUUUGCCGAAAGCUAAUAAACGAAAAUCUAGAGAAUUGAAGGAUUUGAAAGGGAUAUCUUCGAUUCCGGAUGGAGCAAGUAAACCUAAGAGAAAUCGUACCCAAACACAACCCUAUCAAAGUCCUUUGCCAGAAAUAGCGUUGCUUGUCAAAAGUUUAAACAAGUCUCCUGUGACUAAAGCUGCAGACGACAAGCUAAUAGUAUUCUAUAAGAAUGAAUUUCUGGCUGUGAGAAAUGCAGAAGGAAGUUUUUACGUUUGCCAAGCGAUGCAUAAUAUUUAUAAAUCAAGCAGGCGUGUUCGUAUUCGCUGGUUAUCGCAAGAUUCAAAUAAUGGAGAAAUUUAUUCUCCUGAUUUUUAUGAUGUUACUGAUUUCGAUUGUAUAUUAACGAACCUAAAUUUGAACAAAAUUGAUAAAAAUAAAUUUCAAUUAACAAAGAUAGAGUUAUUACGUACAGAGAAUAUAUUAAAAAGAGCGCUCGAGGUGGAAUCUGGGGUUUCUGAGAAGCCAAGAGUAACGGAAGAACAUCCUGAUGGACUCGAUUUGUCUCUUUACAAAGACGAAUCACAAUUGAAGAGAAGAAGAGGUCACGGUCCGUACAAGCAGAAACAAGGUCAACGAAAAAAAAUGAAACGUUCGGCAAGUUCAUCCGAAGAUGAAGCGUCCGAGGAUGAUUCGAAGGAUGAAAAGAAAUCACCUAAAACGGGACGUUCUAAAAAAGGAUCGGUAAACAAAGCGUUGGCGAUUGCUAAAUCGGUAGCAAAAGGAUCUAGCAGAGCGGAAAGGGCAUUAAACCGAAGCACCAAAAAUAGGAACAGUACAGGUAGCGAGUCUACCGGUGGUACUGCUGCAACUGCAACUGCAACUGCUACUGCAGCGGCUGUACCCGUUAAUAGCGCUGUUACGCCAACGACUCCCGUUGAUUCAGCUAAAAAUAAUGGCGCGGAUCCGAAAAAGAUUGAUGCUAAAAAACUGACAAAACAACAACAACAACAACAACAAAGCAACAACAAUACGAGUGGUGUACCAAGGACGAAGCUUCGUGGGUCAGCUGAAAACACGCAACAAGGGAGUAGUACUGCGGGACGUCCCAAACGCGUAGCUGCUUCAGCUCUAUCAAAUGAAGAAGCAGUAGCAACAGCAGCAAUACCACGGAAAAAGCCACGUGGCAGAGCGUAAGAUUGACAUAAUCAAUUGUUUAUCUUAUGCCAUAAUAUAUUUACAGCCGAGUCUGUAUCGUAGGCAAUAUGUACGUGUGGUGGUACACUCUUUAAAAAAA